AAAAAACUUUGAACUGCUCGAAGCUUAAACAAAGGAAGAGGAAGAAGAGGAAGAUUCAUCAAUGGAGCGUUCUCCAGAAAGAUCGAAACGCCUCCAUAAUUUCACCUUACCUUAUCUGCGUUGGGGUCAACAGAGAUUCCUCAGAUGCGUCAAUCUACCUUCUUCUUCUCAUUCUUCUCCAGAUCACGCAGCCAGCAGAUCCGUCUCCGUCGUGACUGCGUCUCGGCCGUGGAAUCUGAGGACGAGAAGAGCUGCGUGUAGUGAUCCCGGAGAUGAAUGUCCUGGGAAGAUCGAAAUCGGCAUGAAGAGAGGUGUAGAUGAACAAGAACAAGAGAUGGAGAAAUUUAAAUUCUCGGUUUCGUUGUUGAAGAAAGAAAUCGAAGAGGAUUUCUCGAACAUGAUUGGGAAAAGACUUCCAAGGAGACCUAAGAAGAGACCAAGGAUUGUUCAGAAGAAACUCAAUACGAUUUUUCCUGGAUUGUGGUUGUCAGAAGAAGUAACGAUCGAUUCGUAUGAUGUCCCUGAAGCUGUGGAAACGUGA